AUGUUUGGUCAAAAGAAAAUCGGUUCUGCCGCUGCUCUAGUAGCGCUCGUUCAGCUCUGCCCGGCCCCUUUCCUUCUCGCAAUCCCCGAAGCAGUUACUGCCGGGUUAGGAGGCGCUACAGCAGUAAUCGGUGCGACAGCCGGCGUAGUUGGCGACGUUCAAAAUGCGCAUCACAACAGCCGCUCAGUGCCGGUGUUUCGAGUCCCAAAAACCAGGCGGCAGGGCCAGAAUGAGCUCGCUUGGAAAGAGUGCCAUGACCAGCUCAGCUCGGCUCAUGUAACCUUUUCCGGCCCCUCCGCAGGCAAUGUGCUUGUUAAAGGAGUCCCAUCCGCCUGCAUGACACUCGUCACAGUCAUCACCGGAAAAUACGACGAAGGUAACCCGAUUGCCGAGGGUUCAGACUCCAUCAUGUUCCAAAAUCUUUCCAACGAUGAUAUCAGCCAAAUUGAGAGUGCUCUCAAGGCCCACUCUAAGAUCUAA